GUGAUUUGCACCAUAUUUUGGUAUCGGUGUGUUUUGAAGAGCUGAUGAUCACAUUUUUAUGAUCACAGUUCUUGAAAAAUAAAUAAAACAAAACAACCAUUUGAUUUCCGGGUUGAGACUUGUUCCUCAUGAUGGGCAUUCUCGUCUCCCCCUCUUCUGACUCCGUGAUGGCAAGAACAAGCCGCCCUGUGUGACAUGCGAAGAAAAGACAACGCAAAUUAUCGAAACUUGUUCUUCGAAUUGGUUUGAACGUGUCGACAUUUAAUUCAAAGUGCUGCUACAAUAUAGUUGACAUUGUUAGUCUGUGAAUAAGCUAAAAAUAAAAAUAUGGCCGACCAGCGCCGCGAUAAGAGCAGAAUGUUGAAGCCAGGCGCAUCGUCCACGAGGGAAAGCUUCAAGGAAGAAAUUGGUGGAAUAGAUCAAAAUCUGCUGGAAAAGAGGCUGGAAAGUCUUCGGGACACGCAGGAAUCAGUACAAGGGCUUUCUCUUUGGUGUCAGGCCAAUAAACGCCAUUCCUCAGCGAUUAUCGAGACCUGGCUCAAAAUCCUCAAAAAAAGUCCUGUCGAGAAGCGACUAACCCUUUUCUACCUGGCCAAUGACGUUGUUCAGCACGCCAAGAGAAAGAGUGACGCCAUGGUUGUGAAUCAGUGGGCUUUUGCAGUGCAGAAGGCCACCCCACAAGUGCGAAUACCUUCCUCCGUCUCGACAGCAAUAGCAAGAAUAUUUAAAAUUUGGGAAGAAAGAAGCGUUUACUCCAAAGAGACAAUUGCCGACUUGCAAUUGUUAUUGAGGCGAGGAGAUAAUGUUCCUGCCAAAGAGAGGGUUGGUGAGAAAAAGAAGCCUGAAACUUAUACAGCAUCUGCGGAUAAAGUCGCGGCCUUUCAAACGUCGACGUUGAUCUCGAAAGUUAAACUUGCCUACAGAUUGAAAUCUCAUUUGGGUGUCACAUUUCGAGCGAAACCUUUUGUGCACAUGGACUUGGAGAAUUUGAAAGGGUCCAUCAAAGAUAGGUCACACGGCAUGGAAGUCAUACAAGAAAUUGGCCAACUGGUGGAGCAAUUGAAAACGUCAGAGUCAAAGUUAUCGAUAGAGGUAGAAGAACGACGAAAAAUUGUGGAAACGGCCGAAAUAGCUAUUGUUCAUUUUGAAAUCGUUCGUGGUGAAGCGAAAAUCGUUAAUUCUGCAUAUAAAAACUUUACUGAACGAGUUGAAUCUACAAAGGAUAAAGUAAUUGAAAAGUUUAAAUCGUUUGAAGAAAUGGAGAUAGAUUCGAGUCCAGUUCCGUCACCCCCACCCGAGGCACCUAGCCCACCUCCUGAUGACGACGAUUUUGGAAUUAAUCAACUUCAAUCCACAUCAUCGUCAACCCACAUUCGAGCCGACAUCGUGGAUGCACUCAAGUCAACAAUGCCGGUACAGCAAAAUAAUUCGGGAGGAAUGUACCAAACGGUGAAUUCAAAUGCCCAGCAACAACAAUCAUCAACCAAUAGUUUGCCUGCUUAUGAUCAAGCAAUCCCCACUAUGGCUAUGCAACAGCAGUUUCAACAAAAUUGGGGCACUUCUCCAGGAAAUUUCGCUGCAAUAAUACAACAAUUGAUUCCAGGUGCAAACAAUUACCUCGCUAUGCAACAACAGCAACCACCCCUUACAAAUGCAUAUGGUACUCAGGGGUACGAGGCUCCAUAUCAACAUCAUCAUCACGCAUCACCACCCACUCACCUGCCUCCAGAUGUGAGCUCAAUACCCCUCCCACCCAGUGGACCCGACAUUCCUCCACCCCCGCAGAAUCAAACUAUGAAUUCCAACCAUCAUCACAUGUCCGUGCAAAAUAAUAGUAUCAACUCACCCGUGGGGUCAAACCCGUACUUGACGUCGUAUAAUAAUUCAUCGUAUGACUCCUCCUCCUCCACGCCAGCAGUGGAUGAAUACGUCCCUCUCCCAUACUACAAACCUCAACAACAACUGCAAGAGCAGAACUUGAACUCGAGUAUGAAUUAUAGUUCUGAAUUCGAUUCCUACAAUAUCACCUCUGCCAAUGCGCUUUCAACAACCCCGACUCGUCAAGGGCCAUCAAGGUAUCAUCCCUACCAGCACACCAGUGAUAGUAAAAGUCAUAACAACAGCGGCGGUAGCCAACAUGGCAAUUCUCAUCUAGUUUCCCCUGCAUACUCUAAUCAUUCAGGAGUGGGACCCGGAAGUAUGAACGAAUCUUCGACUUCGAGAUUUUAUGGUAGUGGUUGUGGUAGUAGCGAUGGCGGAAACUCGACAAUAUCCCCACCCACGGGGCGCAACGAUAACUCCUCCUUUGACCCCAUGGAAAUGUUUACCUCUGCGUUAAGCAAAAACAAGAACAAUAUCACACAGGGAAGCUCUCAACCCCCACCAUCAGGGGACAUGAACAUGAGUGCCAACUCUGCAUUUAAUCCAGCAGAUUCUUUCUACUCGAGUGGAAACAUUUUUGAUACAUCGUUUAACGAAUCAAAUACCUCAAACCUGAAUGGAGGUGAGGAUGUGGUCCCAUACUCUCCCAGAAAGCCAGGAACUGGCAACUUUUUCACUCCUCAUCGUGGAGCAGCCCAACAUGGAGUUCUGGGAGGGAAUAAUUUCUCCAGUAAUAAUCGACCCCCACGAGGACACAGGGGAGGAAUGAUAGGUGGCCUUCAAAUGAGCAGAGGAUUUUCGGGAGGGUUCAGAGGUAGAGGAACUCCGAGAGGACCUCCAAGAGGCGGACGAGGACGGUUUCAAGUUUAACUAUUGAGUAAAAGUGUAAUUCAAUUUUCGGAAGUUACACCACAACUCCAGUCCAUAAACUGAACGAAUCCAAAAUGCAGAGUUUGCUGGUCAACCAUUCAUGUUGUUCAAAAUCUUCUGAACGUCGAUGCAGUCUUUGUUCUUGUUUAAAAGGACAUACAUACGCCCUGUUCCUGUGCUAGAACCUUGCAGCCUGAUGUCAUCGUUUCAGUUUCUUAAGAAGAUCAACUUACAAAAAUAUUAACAUCUGACGAAUAUAUUGCUUCUUUCAAGUUCUUUCACUCAUCAUUUACAUACAUUUAAAUAGUAUUGAAUCAAAUUUGAAUCUUUUCAAAAUCAAGUUCUCGACCGGACAUGUCUAUUGAUUUGAUUUAGGAUCCCGAAUGUGGGUGCACACAAUUUCCUCUCAUCAAUAUGACCUUUGACUUGCAUCCUUUCUUCCUUUCUCUGUACAACAACUAUUCUGUUACCGUCCUAACCAAAAAUUGUUAGUUUUGAAAGUUUUAAGACUUGAAAAUCUUUUGGUAGUAAAGAUAAUACUAAUAGAUAAAACAACGACAUUAGUUAGAAAGUACAGUGAUACUUAACUGACGUCGUUGUUUUCGUCAAAUUCAAAAAAGUUGUAUUAAGAGUAAAGUAAUUACUAAUACAGAUUAUUAUAAAUAAUUAUAAACUUGUGUACAAAUGUCCUUCAAUAGUCAAGUGAUUCAAGUAUUGUUUUGUUUACAUUUAAAUUAUAAAAGUUGUAUAACAUCAAUUUAUUAACUUUGAAGACCAACCAAUUUUGGAUUUUGCAUGACAUAGUUCACUAUAUACGACUGGUAGACACUGACUGUAUGCAUACCUACAUAAUAAUAUAAAUACUACAGGUAGUUAGUAACACACCGUGCGUCCUAAUAUGUAAUAAUUAAUUAUGUAUAAUGAUGAAUUCUGCGUAAUUUUCUAGCUAAGGCAGUGUUGAAUCAUGGAAAAAAAUAAACCUCAAGCAUUUCCAAACGUA